GAUUCCUUGUCCCAGAGUCAAGUCCUUACAGACCCGUGCCACCUCUGCAGCCGCCAAGUCCAGCCCUCCUACCCCCAACACGUCACCCGCCCCCAAAAGAGCAGCUUCUGAGGUCCUUAGGGGUUAAGCCCCCAAAGGCCCCGGCCGCUUACACUGGCCCACCACCGCCCCGCCCCCGCCCGGGUGCCACCCAACAAUCGCUCAUGAGGCGGCACCUGGUCACGAGUGGGCUUUGUGACACGGGCGGGACCGGGCUCUCGGGGGGGCCGGCUCAGGGACAUCGGUCGGGUGGUCACGAGCCUCCCCAACACCAAUGAGCUCCCCCUCCCACACCCCCAGUCCGUCCCCUACCCAGUCCCCCUCCCAGUCCCGGUCCAACCAUGUCACCCCCACCAACCAGCAGGCCUUCUCCAGCUCCGGCGGCUCAGCCCCGUCUCCGUCCCCCACCCGGGGGUCGUCCUCCCGCCCCCCCUCUCACCCUCCCACUCCAACUGCCUCCCAGCCCUCUUCCCGGGCUUCCUCCCUGACCCCCAGCCCUCACGUCCAGCAUGUGCCCCGAGGGGCUUCCCAGACCCCCACUCCGCCCACCUCCAAGUCUCCUUCCCAGUCUGGCCUGAAGUCCGUCUCUCGAAACUCUUCCCGAACCCCUCCCGUGCCUGUGGCCAGGUCCCCCUCCCACAGCCCGGCCACCUCGGCCUCCUACAUCGGGCCGGUGCGGGGCAUCCCCUCCUACAUCGCCCCCUACGUGCCCCGCUUCCUGAAGGAGCCCCCCUUCUUCCAGCCCCCCACCGUGCCCCUGCCCCAGAACCAGUGCUUCCCCUGCUCCUUCCCCUGCCCGCCCCGCAGCUGCGAGCGCCCUCGGGUGCCCGAGUCCCUCUACUUCCCCCUGCCCCCCCCUCCUCCCCACCACCCCCGGGUCAGCUGCUCCUACCCGACCCCGCCGGCCCUGUUCACGCCCCCCUCCUCGCUCUCCUACUGCCCGCCCACCGAGGUCCUGGUGAGCGGGAAGCCACACGUGGUGCCCACCGUGCUGCCGGCCACCUUCUACACGCCCUUCUCCCGCUACUACACCCAGCCCCGCCCGUACCGCGGGCACCGCCGCGGGCCCAGCGCCUCCCCCCUCAGCCUGCUCCCCCACUUGCCCUACGACGGCUCGGGCCGCUCUGUCCACUUCUUCCACCGGUCCUAGGCCUCAGACCUAUUUCGGACCAGAAGCCUCUGCCGGGAAAUUCAAGCUGCUACAUCCACACUUCAUCGGCUACCUGAGGGAGAGG